AAUGCGGAAGCAAGAAUAGGACCAAAUGGGAAAGGGCAUUUUCAUCUCUUUCUAGUCACAGACCCGGGUAAAAUCCAACAUAUCUACAGCAUUGUAACUGUGGUUCUGCUACAUUCCGCUCGCUGUUUACAAGCUAUCAAUUGUAGAUGUUAAUAGGUGGUGGAAAUGGAGCGCGGAGACGCAUCGUCCACUAACGCAGACUGGAUGUCUCAACUGCCAGAGGAACUGUGGGGUACACCGCUUUGGGACCUGGCGAUACCCGGGAGUCAUGACAGCAUGAGUUACUGCCUGGAUACACACUCUCCUGUCUUGGGUUCUGAGUCGUUCAUGCUGCAGUUUCUGGAUCGACUGGCGCCCUGCAUUGUACGCCCCUGUGUCUACCGCUGGGCCACCACACAGGCGUGGAGUAUUCCUGAACAGUUGGAUGCAGGAAUCCGGUUCUUCGAUCUACGGAUCGCCCAUAAAACCAUUAAAAAUACACAAGACUUUCUAAAAACACACAACACAGAUGACACGCUGUACUUCGCACACGCAAUUUAUACGCUACAGACUGUAAAGGAGGCCCUGUCAACCAUGGCUGUGUGGUUGGAGCAGCACCAGAAGGAGGUAGUGAUCCUGUCCUGUUCCCACUUCUACCUGCUGACGGACUCUGAGCACCAGGCCCUGGUCUGCUACAUCACUCAGCUGUUUAAAGAGAAACUCUGCCCCCACAGGUACAGGAUAGACAAGACCCCACUACUGCCUGUCUCAGAGACUCCCUAUCUGAGCCAGUGCUGGGAUCUGGGGCAGCAGGUCAUAAUUUCGUACGACGAUGAGACGAUUCUUCACCAACACAAGGAACUGUGGCCUAAGAUCCCUUACUGGUACGCUGACUCGGCAGACCCCAAAGAGGUAAUUUCUUACCUGGAAGAGCAGCAGAAGGCCCAAGGAAGAGCAGCUCAUUUCUUCACCUCUGGGCUGAACCUGACGGAGGAUACUGCUGUGGUGGUCUGCAACCCCUGUCUGACGAUGAGGAAGUUAACGAUGAAGAGUUUCUCCCUGCUGCUGGACUGGGUGGAGAAGCAGACUCCUGGACCAAACCAGACCGCUGUCAACAUCAUCUGUGGAGACUUUGUGGGUCUGAACCACUUUGCCUCUGUGGUUAUCGGGCUCAAUAAGAAACUGCUGAAGACAGAGAGCCACAGAUGACAGGGGACGGAGUGAGAAAGAGACCCACAGAUAAACAUGCACAGAAUCCCAAAUGGCUUCUAGCUCCUUCUCCCUAUGCAGUUGUGGAGAUCUGAGAGGUUUGGUUAGGUGUAAUCAACAUGGUACUCUGAUACACUAGAUCAGGGGUGUCAAACUCAUUCCAUGGAGGGCCUACUGUCUGUGGGUUUUUGGUUCUUCCUUUCAUUUAGACCUAGUCAACCAGGUGAGGGGAGUUCCUUACUAAUUUGGGAGGAGCAAAAACCCACACACUCGGCCCUCCGUGGAAUGAGUUUGACACGUGCACUACUAGAUCAUAGGAAUGAGUUCCCAUGUUUCCCUAUGUCUACCUACAGCACAGGGUGUCAGGUUUACUGUGUUGAUAAUGAGUUUGACACGGACACUACUAGAUCAUAGGAAUGAGUUCCCAUGUUUCCCUAUGUCUACCUACAGCACAGGGUGUCAGGUUUACUGUGUUGAUAAUGAGUUUGACACGUGCACUACUAGAUCAUAGGAAUGAGUUUGACACGUGCACUACUAGAUCAUAGGAAUGAGUUCCCAUGUUUCCCUAUGUCUACCUACAGCACAGGGUGCCAGGUUUACUGUGUUGUUAAUGAGUAUGAUGGAUACAAUGAGAGGCUUUUACAUUAUAAAGUGAUGCCACGGGAAAAGUUUCAUCAGAUGGACAAUAUCAUUUAUUUUCUAUAUGCAAAUACACUACAUGCAGGGGCAAAUACAUAAAUGUCUAUUGAACUUUA